AUGAAUUCAUCCUCAACAAAUCAUGCCUGUCCUCAUCCAGGCUGUGGAAAACUUUUCACACGUCCUUAUAACUUGACCUCUCAUAUGCGUACUCAUACAGCUGAAAGACCCUUCGCGUGUUCCGAAUGUGGAAGACGAUUCGCUCGUCAACAUGAUCGGAAUCGACAUGAAAAGUUACACUGGGGUAUAAAACCUUACGCUUGUUUAAAUUGUAAAAAACCAUUUGCAAGAAUGGACGCUUUAAAUAGACAUCUUCGUGUCGAAAAUGGGUGUCAAAAUAAUACAAUGAUUCACAAAACCAUGUAG